UAUGCACCGUCGUAAUGCGCUGUCCAUUGCCUUACGCCGAUGUAUGACCGUUAGCUUGUUGGUCCCGUCUCUCUCUCAACACCUCCUUUUAUCGUACGGAUUGUGGGAACACAACGAUAGACGUAUUGAUUUGUUUCUUUUUUUGACAUUUCAUACUUUUUUUUUUAAACGCACCCGCUCUGAAGAAAAAGAGAAUCUAUCGCAGCGGAGGCUCCUUUUCUGCUGUUACCUGUUCCAUUUACGUAGAACCGCAUCCACCGCCACGCCCACGAGCACCAUGGACGACAAGCAGGCGUUCUACGUGGAGAGCACCGAUGGACGCAAGUUCAAGAUGGUCAUCCGAGGAGACCUGGGCAAACUUAGCGUCGGCAAGAUCCGCCGUUACCUCAAGUCCUACGGCGUGCCGGAUAAUCAAGAAAUCCUCGCCGGGUCGUUAAUCUUAGAAGACGACAUGCUCGGCGAGCACUUCGGCCUCCAGAACGAAGGGGUACUGCAUCUCCGGGACCCGGUCCCUUCAUCUCACUCGGCACCCCCCACCAAAUCCCUGGGCGACGCCCCCUCGGCCGCCGGCCGUCCACAGGGACCGUCGUACGCAGACCAGGGCAACGCGCAGUCACGCGCGGCCUCCUCCCCUUACGCAACGGGCACAUCUGGUUUUCAGCCACCUCGCAGGACGGAGCUGACCGAAUCCACGGCGGUAGCAGGGGCGCGUGGAGAAGACGCCGAUUCCCCGCCGCAGCAGCUGCGAGACCUGCAGCGUCGUCUCGAGGCGGCGAACGCACGAAACGCGGAGUUGGAGCACCAGCUGGCGCAGGCACGGCGGUCCGAUGCGUUGGGGCUCGACACAGCCCCCACCGUCGCCGCGGACGGCCUGGUCAACGCGAAGGAGAGCCUGCGGCUUCUCUCCGGUAAGCUGCACGCGUCUUUUCAUUUUGACCAGAAUUUGACCUGCGUCGUGGGGACGGACGAGGACUUCUCCAUACUGCUCACCUACGACCCGGCGACGGAGCGGCUGUACCUCUACUCCACCCUGCUGACCGAGCUGCCCGCCGACACGCAAGUCCGCAUGAAGCUGUACGAAGUCAUCCUUGAAGGCUCGCUGCUGGGUCGUGAGGUAUGCGGUGGCGGCAUCGGUGUGUCAACCAAGAACAACAUCGUUGUCUUGACUACCUCGUUGCCGGUGAAGUACUGCCAGCCGGAUGCGUUGUGUGAGGUGAUGCCGACGUUUGUGGAAACGUUAGGGCGGUGGCGCGACCUGGUGAGAGACCUUGUGCAGUAA